AUGCUUCUCAUCACCAACAACCCCUACGACUACAGUUACGUCUCCCAAGGAGAGGUGACUGUGGCCUCCAUUGACGACUCUGAAGAGCUGUUGGCAACCGAUAGCGCUUUUGAUGUCUUGGGCUUCACUGCUGAGGAGAAGGCUGGUGUCUACAAGCUGACAGGUGCCAUUAUGCACUUUGGCAACAUGAAGUUCAAGCAGAAGCAAAGGGAAGAGCAGGCAGAACCAGAUGGCACCGAAGAUGCCGACAAGUCAGCCUACCUGAUGGGGCUGAACUCAGCUGAUCUUCUCAAGGGGUUGUGUCACCCCCGGGUGAAGGUGGGCAAUGAGUACGUCACCAAGGGGCAGAAUGUCCAGCAGGUGUACUACUCCAUUGGGGCUUUGGCCAAGGCUGUGUACGAGAAGAUGUUCAACUGGAUGGUGGUGAGGAUCAACAAUUCUCUCGACACCAAGCAGCCACGGCAGUACUUCAUCGGUGUGCUGGACAUUGCUGGCUUCGAGAUUUUUGAUUUCAACAGCUUUGAGCAGCUCUGCAUCAACUUCACCAACGAGAAGUUGCAGCAGUUCUUCAACCACCACAUGUUCGUGCUGGAGCAGGAGGAGUACAAGAAGGAGGGCAUUGAGUGGGAGUUCAUCGACUUUGGCAUGGACCUCCAGGCCUGCAUUGACCUCAUUGAGAAGCCCAUGGGGAUCAUGUCCAUUCUGGAGGAGGAAUGCAUGUUCCCCAAGGCCUCAGAUAUGACUUUCAAGGCCAAGCUCUUUGAUAAUCACUUGGGCAAGUCAGCCAACUUUGGGAAGCCACGCAAUGUCAAGGGGAAGCCGGAGGCCCACUUCUCCCUCAUCCACUAUGCUGGCACAGUAGACUACAAUAUCAUUGGGUGGCUAGAGAAGAACAAGGACCCCCUCAAUGAGACAGUGGUGGGGCUCUACCAGAAAUCAGCCCUGAAGCUCUUGGCCAACCUCUUCUCCAACUACGCUGGGGCAGAUGCUGGUGGUGAUGGAGGGAAGGGGAAAGGAGCCAAGAAGAAAGGUUCCUCCUUUCAAACCGUAUCAGCCCUGCACCGGGAGAACCUUAACAAAUUGAUGGCCAACCUCAAGACCACACACCCUCAUUUUGUUCGCUGCAUCAUCCCCAAUGAGCGGAAGGAACCAGGUGUAAUGGACAACCCCCUGGUAAUGCACCAGCUCCGCUGUAACGGGGUGCUGGAGGGCAUCCGCAUCUGCCGCAAGGGCUUCCCAAACCGCAUCCUCUAUGGGGACUUCCGACAGCGGUAUCGCAUCCUGAACCCUGCUGCAAUCCCCGAGGGGCAGUUCAUCGACAGCCGCAAGGGCGCCGAGAAGCUCCUGGGAUCCAUUGACAUUGACCACAACCAGUAUAAGUUCGGGCACACCAAGGUCUUCUUCAAGGCCGGGCUGCUGGGGCUUCUGGAGGAGAUGCGGGAUGAGCGUCUCUCCCGCAUCAUCACCCGCAUCCAGGCUCAGGCCCGAGGUCAGCUCAUGCGCAUUGAGUUCAAGAAGAUCCUGGAGCGCCGGGACUCACUGCUGGUGAUCCAGUGGAACAUCAGGGCCUUCAUGGGGGUGAAGAAUUGGCCUUGGAUGAAGCUCUACUUCAAGAUAAAGCCCUUGUUGAAGAGUGCUGAAACAGAGAAGGAAAUGCAGAACAUGAAGGAGGAGUUUGGACGGCUGAAGGAGGCCCUGGAGAAGUCAGAGACUCGGCGGAAGGAGUUGGAGGAGAAGAUGGUCUCCAUGCUGCAGGAGAAGAAUGACCUUCAGCUCCAAGUACAGGCUGAGCAGGACAACCUCAAUGAUGCUGAGGAGCGUUGUGACCAGCUGAUCAAGAACAAGAUCCAGCUCGAGGCCAAGGUGAAGGAGCUGACAGAGAGACUGGAGGAUGAGGAAGAGAUGAAUGCAGAGCUGACGGCUAAGAAGAGGAAGCUGGAGGAUGAGUGCUCAGAGCUGAAAAAGGACAUUGAUGAUCUAGAGCUGACUCUGGCCAAGGUGGAGAAGGAGAAACAUGCCACGGAGAACAAGGUCAAGAACCUCACAGAGGAGAUGGCCGGGCUGGAUGAGACCAUUGCCAAGUUAACAAAAGAGAAGAAGGCACUGCAAGAAUCUCACCAGCAAACACUGGAUGACCUGCAGGCAGAGGAAGACAAGGUCAACACCCUGACAAAGGCCAAACUCAAGAUGGAACAGCAAGUGGAUGAUCUUGAAGGCUCCCUGGAACAGGAGAAAAAGAUCCGGAUGGACCUGGAACGGGCCAAAAGGAAGCUGGAAGGCGACUUGAAGCUGACCCAGGAGAACAUCAUGGACCUGGAGAAUGACAAGCAGCAGCUGGAGGAGAAGCUCAAGAAGAAAGAGUUUGAGAUCAACCAGCAGAACAGCAAGGUUGAGGAUGAGCAGGCACUGGCCCUGCAGCUCCAGAAGAAGCUGAAAGAGCUGCAGGCGCGGAUUGAGGAGCUGGAGGAAGAGCUGGAGGCAGAGAGAACGGGCAGGGCCAAGGUGGAAAAGCUCCGCUCAGACCUGUCACGGGAGCUGGAGGAGAUCAGUGAGCGUCUGGAGGAGGCGGGUGGUGUCACCUCAGUGCAAAUUGAGCUCAACAAGAAGCGGGAGGCAGAAUUCCAGAAGAUGCGGAGAGACCUGGAGGAGGCGACUCUGCAGCAUGAGGCCACAGCUGCUGCGCUGCGCAAGAAGCACGCUGACAGUGUGGCCGAGCUCAGCGAGCAGAUUGACAACCUACAGCGUGUCAAGCAGAAGCUGGAGAAGGAGAAGAGUGAGCUUAAGCUGGAGCUGGAUGACCUCAGCUCCAACAUGGAACAGCUGAUCAAGGCCAAGGUGGGUAUGGAGAAGGUCUCUCGCACCAUGGAGGACCAGGCAGCUGAACACCGGGCCAAGUUGGAGGAGACCCAACGAGUCCUUAAUGAUACCAGCACCCAACGGGCUAAGCUCCAAACCGAGAAUGGAGAGCUGUCCCGACAACUCGAGGAGAAGGAGGCUCUUGUCUCUCAACUAACCAGGGGCAAGCAGUCAUACACUCAGCAAAUGGAAGACCUGAAGAGGCAGCUAGAGGAAGAGAUGAAGGCCAAGAAUGCACUGGCCCAUGCCCUCCAGUCGGCCCGACAUGACUGUGACCUGCUGCGGGAGCAGUACGAGGAGGAGACAGAAGCCAAGGCUGAGCUCCAGCGCUCGCUCUCCAAGGCCAACUCUGAGGUGGCACAAUGGAGGAACACCAGUCUCAUCAACCAGAAGAAGAAGAUGGAGGCUGACAUCUCCCAGCUGCAGACGGAGGUGGAAGAGGCCAUCCAGGAAUGCAGGAAUGCUGAGGAGAAGGCCAAGAAGGCUAUCACUGACGUGAGUGUCUUGGCGGGAACAACAGCUAGGAUAUCUUCCAGUAGAGGCGGCCAUGAUGGCAGAGGAGCUGAAAAAGGAGCAAGAUACCAGCGCCCAUCUGGAGCGGAUGAAAAAGAACAUGGAGCAGACCAUCAAGGACCUGCAGAUGAGGCUGGAUGA